AUGAAAAAGGAUGGAAUUCAAACCCGGAAUCGUAAAGUAUCACAGAAAACGAAGAAACACAAAUUCGGUUUCUACACAGAUUUGGCUGAUUUGCAUGUGGACUAUUUGAUGAAAACCCCAUUGCAUCGAUUUAACGCAGCAGCUGCUGCGGCAGCCGCAGCGGCUGCCAACCGUUUCGGUUAUAUGGCACCCGGUCUAUCUGGGGUCUCACCUAAUUCGAUGUCUAUGCAUCCGGGUCCGUACGGACACGGUUACGGUGGCCCGGAAAUGAGCCUGUUACAUUCAACCGGUCCCAAUGGACAUCACACAGGGAUCGGGAUUGGAAUGGGCACGAACGGGACACCGGAGCAUAACACUCCAUCCUCGUCAACUGGAAAUCCUGGGGAUUUGUCCACAGCAGCGGCUGCUGCUUCCAUGUUGGCUAUGAGUCAGACGUUUGCAAAUGGACCUCCAACAUAUGGUUCCCAUGGUUUCUUGAAUUCCCGCAUGGAGGAUUAUCUGACAGAGAAUGAAACCAAACCAGCCAGUAAUUACAUUGGUUUGGGUUGCUCAAAUGUGAUGGAUGAGAGCGAGUCGAGAUCUGGUGGGUUUUUCCGCAAUACCAAUUCACCCGGACCACCGCUAUCGUUGGGUUCGAACUCGGUAACGCAUCCACAACAGCAACAGCAACAACCUAAUCAAACAGCACAACAGCAUGACAUGUGGCCUGGUCGUUCGAGUCGUGGCCCAAUGGAUGAUCCCCUGAAUCCGCUGUCCAAUUUUCCCUCGUCCAUGUUCUAUCCUAGCGCACACCAAAUGGCACUUCUGGGCUGUGCCUCCCAAAACUACUAUCAUCCAUCCAAUCAGCUCAUGCAAUCCAGCCCGUCAAAACUAAUUCGCAGUCCGACACAGACUGAGUCUAAACUGACCGAUUCUCCGGGGCUAGAUCCACGUCUGCCGUUUCACAAAACACAAUUCCCAGUCCCCGCCUCAAUGCUCUACGGUUCCGGAUACGGUGGCGCAAUGCUACACCAGUCCGGGCAUCAGAUAACCGGAAAUAGUAGCAUCAGCAAUAACCGCAGUAGCGGUAACAAAGAUGAUAACCCAACAAACCAUGGUCUGCAACCACAACCACAACCACAACCAUCAUUACUGAAUAUUCAAUCCGCAUUGCCGGAUACACACGUGUGUGAUAGUGCACGAAGUGCGAGUACAAGUAGCGGAACGGAUACACCUCGUUCGGUAAACGGUCUGCCCAGUUCCGAUCAGACCAUGUUAGCACCGGAUUCCGGUGAAUCACAUAGUUACACCUCGACCGGGGCCGGUUGA